AUGGACGUAGGCAGCAAAGAGGUCUUGAUGGAGAGUCCACCAGACUACUCAGCAGGCUCUCGGGGGCAGUUCCGUAUCCCCUGCUGCCCAGUGCACCUCAAACGCCUUCUCAUCGUCGUGGUGGUGGUGGUCCUGGUCGUGGUGGUGAUUGUGGGGGCCCUGCUCAUGGGUCUUCACAUGAGCCAGAAACAUACUGAGAUGGUUCUUGAGAUGAGCAUUGGGGCACCAGAAACCCAGAAACACCUGGCCCUGGGUGAACCCAUGGACACCACUGCCACGUUCUCCAUUGGCUCCACCGGCGUCGUUGUGUAUGAUUACCAGCGGCUCCUGACUGCCUAUAAGCCAGCCCCAGGAACCUGCUGCUACAUCAUGAAGAUGGCUCCAGAGAGUAUCCCCAGUCUUGAAGCUCUCACCCGGAAAUUCCAGACCUUGCAGGUGUUGCAUGACUCUUCCCAGGCCAAGCCUGCAUCCACCGCUAAGCUGGGCCAGGAGGAAGGACGGGAUGCAGGCUCUGCAUCUCCAGGAGACAGGACCUUCCUGGGCCUUGCCAUGAGCACCCUGUGCGGAGAGCUCCCUCUCUUCUACAUCUAG